GCGCAUGCGAUGAUACGAUCACGUGUACUGUGACAUGUUGAUGCAAUAAUGCACAAAAAGUUAUAGUUUUAUUAAUAGGAAAAAUUAUUUUUAUAUAAUAGUUUAUAUCUCGUUGUAUUUCGAAAUAUUGAAUUUGUAUUAUUUAAUUUUUGGCAACAAUUUCUGUAGCAUUACGUUAACCUCCUUUCAAACGUCUAGUCGUUUUAUGCUUCAUAAAAAAAAGAGAACUGUGAAAAAGUUUACAGAAAUGCCUCGUUCGAAAGUUUCCGAUUUACUUGGUAUACUUAAGGGAGCACAUAAUGUGACAAAUGCUCUGAUAAAACAUCAGGAGGAAGCAAUCAAGUAUACAAUCACACACUCCAGUUUAAAAGAUUUACCUGAAAAGUACAUACAAGCUGCAAGAAAAAAACUGAGUGACAUAGAACCAAGUAAGAUUCCUGAACAAGUUGCAAAAGAUUUGAAAGAAGCAACUGAGCGUGUGAGUGUGGUUGAGAAAGGUAUUAGACAAUAUAUUAGGAUAAUAGCUAAUCAAAAUUUGGGUAUAAAAAAUAAUGAUUAUGCUCCCAAGAAGAAGGCAAAAUUACAUGUAUAUAAUGCUGCAAAAGAUCCAAAAGAAUUGCCUAUUGAUAAAGAAGUCCCUUUACCAAAACAUAAUAAUAAUAAAUUUACAAUCAAAAAAUCUUCAGAAGGUGUACAAAAUAAUACAACAUGGAAAUAUAUGACUGUAAAGGAGAAGAUUGAAACUAUUGCUAAUUCAAAUAAAGAGAUACCUCAAAUAGAACUCUCUGAUAAAGAUAAAGAAAUCUUAAGGAAAUUAGAAUUGGAACACGAGAAAAAUAUUAAAAAUAAGAUUGAUAGUUCUAUUUCUUCCUCUACAAUUAAGACAUCUGAGAAAAAAUGUGCAAACAUUCAAACAGAAUCUAAAGAAAGACCAAAGGCUAAAUUAUCAGUUAAACCAAAACAACUUUUGUCACCUACUGCCAGAGAAAGAAAAGUUCCUGCUACAAGAUUGCAAAGAAUGGUAAGCUUUGGUACCUUGGGUCUUGGUCUUGGUGUUGGUACUGUCGCAGAAUAUACACGGAGAACAUUAGGAUUAAAAGAGCAAAGUAUUGGAGAUACAAUUGACAGCAUGUUCCUCACUAAAGCUAAUGCGGAAAGAAUAGUUUCAACAUUGUGCAAAGUGAGAGGUGCAGCUUUAAAAAUUGGUCAAAUAUUGAGCAUCCAAGACAAUACUAUUAUAAGUCCUGAAUUGCAGAAAGUCUUUGAGAGAGUCAGACAAAGUGCUGAUUUUAUGCCAACAUGGCAAGUAGAGAAAGUAUUAAGUAGCGAGCUUGGACACGAUUGGAAAAAUAAAUUGGCAUUUUUUGAGGAGAAACCAUUUGCAGCAGCAUCCAUUGGGCAAGUGCAUCAUGGUAUAUUAUUGAAUAAACAAGAUGUAGCAAUAAAGAUUCAGUAUCCAGGUGUGGCUAUAGGUAUUCAAAGUGACAUUGAGAAUUUAGUAGGCAUAAUGAAGGUUUGGAAUAUGUUUCCAGAAGGAAUGUUUAUAGACAAUGUGAUAGAAGUUGCAAAACGAGAGCUUGCAUGGGAAGUGGAUUAUACAAGGGAAGCAGAAUGUACGAGAAAAUAUAGGGAAUUAAUGGUGCCUUAUCCAGAAUAUUAUGUACCUGCAGUUAUAGAUAAUCUCUCCACAAAGCAAGUAUUUACGACAGAGAUGAUAGAAGGCAUACCUGUUGAUAAAUGUGUAGAUAUGAAUAUUAAGAUUAGAGAACAUAUAAGCGAACUGAUUAUGCGUUUGACCCUAAAGGAAUUAUUUGAAUUUCGAUUUAUGCAGACUGAUCCAAAUUGGUCCAAUUUCUUUUACAAUAUUGAUACAAAACAGUUAAUUUUAUUGGAUUUUGGGGCAUGUAGAUCAUAUGAAAAAGCAUUUAUGGACAAAUAUAUAGACGUUAUUAAUGCUGCAAGUGAAGGGAAUCGCGAUAAAGUACUACAGUUGUCUCGAGAAAUGAAAUUUCUUACUGGAUAUGAGUCCAAGAUUAUGGAAAAUGCUCAUGUGAAUGCGGUCAUGAUCCUUGGACAAGUAUUUGACAAUAAUCACGAGUAUUAUGAUUUUGGCGGCCAAGAUGUGACAAGACGGAUUCAAGCUUUAGUACCAACCAUAAUAAAUCAUAGACUGUGUCCGCCACCCGAGGAAAUAUAUAGUUUGCACAGAAAAUUAUCAGGGAUAUUUUUGCUGUGUGCAAAACUUGGAGUUAGGAUUAAAUGUCGUGAUAUGUUUCGGGAAAUUUAUGCUAAUUAUAAGUUUGGUUGAUAUAUUAGUAUUGAUGUUAACAAAAUAUUGAAAUGCCUAGACAUUUUUUGUACAAAUGUAUAUGCGUUUCCUAAUAAAAUUAUAACAUGAUA